AUGACGUCUUACGGACUGCUUGAUCAGGCGGACGAAGAUGCCCUCCACAAGACCCGCCUGCUGAACGUCGAGGAGAAACCUUUCAAAAGAAUCUCGAAGCGCCUUCUGAAUCCCGAAUCGAUAAUUAUUUCGAACGCGACGCUCCCUACGCCUCCGCCCGAGGGAGCCGACGAGGAUGCUACGGCGUCUGCGGAGGCAGAAAAGCAAAAGAAGCUUGAGGAAUGGCGCCAGUUUCGUGAAGAUGCAUCCCUGGACUUUGCGGCCUUUGAGGGCAGUAUCGCACGCAUACAGUUUCUGCUCACGAGUAAUGAAAAGGAACGCGAGCGGUAUGUAGCUGAGAAAGAGCGAAUUCUUUCCACGAUGCAGGCCGUUCGGAACAGCACUGUGGAGUUACGUGUUCAGCUGGAAGAAGCGCAACGAAUUUUGGCACUACGGAAAAGCUACGACGAGCAGACGGAAAAGAUUACCAGUAACAGACUCCUGAAGCCCCGAGAAGAUCAACAGGCGAACCUGCAGAAAUUGCAAGCGGAGAUUGCCGAACUAGAGAAAGAGAGCAAAGAAUACGCAAAGACCUGGGCAGAGAGGCGAGAACAGUUUGGUCGAAUCGUGGAAGAAGGAAUGCAGCUUCGACGACUAAUCCGAGAUGAAAAGGAAGAGGUAGAACGUCGAGAAGGCAUGCAGGAGGACGAGGAUGGGGAUGACGGGGAAACGUCUAAGGGAAAAUUGAGCGGUGCAAACACGCCGCGACCUGACCAGGAGAGCUCAACGCCUUCCCAGCCAGGUCAUGAUGAAGGGGAUCGCUCACCUCUUCCAGUACCGACGGACAAAGCCACGCCAGGGGCUACGACUCCUCUACGGCAAGUUACAACUGCCGCAGAAGUAAAACAAGAGGACGCGACGAUGGUGGACGAAGGCGAGGUGACAGGUGACGAGGACGAACGAAAUGAUGAUUUAGAGGAAGGCGAAGAAGUACCGGAUACCAGUAACGUCGACAAAAUGGACACUACAUAA